UCCGGGCUUUGCUUCCGGGGCGGUAAGGGCAGCCACGUCAUCCCCCCGCUCCGCUCCCCAGCCGGGCAGUGGCUCGUGGGAGCCAAGAUGGCGGCGGCAGCGACAGCAGCAGCAGCAGCAGCCAGUAUUCGGGAAAGGCAGACAGUGGCUUUGAAGCGUAUGUUGAAUUUCAAUGUGCCUCAUAUUAAAAACAGCACAGGAGAACCAGUAUGGAAGGUACUCAUUUAUGACAGAUUUGGCCAAGAUAUAAUCUCUCCUCUGCUAUCUGUGAAGGAGCUAAGAGACAUGGGAAUCACUCUGCAUCUGCUUUUACACUCUGAUCGAGAUCCUAUUCCAGAUGUUCCUGCAGUAUACUUUGUAAUGCCAACUGAAGAAAAUAUUGACAGAAUGUGCCAGGAUCUUCGAAAUCAACUAUAUGAAUCAUAUUAUUUAAAUUUUAUUUCUGCUAUUUCAAGAAGUAAACUGGAAGAUAUUGCAAAUGCAGCGUUAGCAGCUAGUGCAGUAACACAAGUAGCCAAGGUUUUUGACCAAUAUCUCAAUUUUAUUACUUUGGAAGAUGAUAUGUUUGUAUUAUGUAAUCAAAAUAAGGAGCUUGUUUCAUAUCGUGCCAUUAACAGGCCAGAUAUCACAGACACGGAAAUGGAAACUGUUAUGGACACUAUAGUUGACAGCCUCUUUUGCUUUUUUGUUACUCUGGGUGCUGUUCCUAUAAUCAGAUGUUCAAGAGGAACAGCAGCAGAAAUGGUAGCAGUGAAACUUGACAAGAAACUUCGAGAAAAUCUAAGAGAUGCAAGAAACAGUCUUUUUACAGGUGAUACACUUGGAGCUGGCCAAUUCAGCUUCCAGAGGCCCUUAUUAGUCCUUGUUGACAGAAACAUAGAUUUGGCAACUCCUUUACAUCAUACUUGGACAUAUCAAGCAUUGGUGCAUGAUGUACUGGAUUUCCAUUUAAACAGGGUUAAUUUGGAAGAAUCUUCAGGAGUGGAAAACUCUCCAGCUGGUGCUAGACCAAAGAGAAAAAACAAGAAGUCUUAUGAUUUAACUCCGGUUGAUAAAUUUUGGCAAAAACAUAAAGGAAGUCCAUUCCCAGAAGUUGCAGAAUCAGUUCAGCAAGAACUAGAAUCUUACAGAGCACAGGAAGAUGAGGUCAAACGACUUAAAAGCAUUAUGGGACUAGAAGGGGAGGAUGAAGGAGCCAUAAGUAUGCUUUCUGACAAUACCGCUAAGCUAACAUCAGCUGUUAGUUCUUUGCCAGAACUCCUUGAGAAAAAAAGACUUAUUGAUCUCCAUACAAAUGUUGCCACUGCUGUUUUAGAACAUAUAAAGGCAAGAAAAUUGGAUGUAUAUUUUGAAUAUGAAGAAAAAAUAAUGAGCAAAACUACUCUGGAUAAAUCUCUUCUAGAUAUAAUAUCAGACCCUGAUGCAGGAACUCCAGAAGAUAAAAUGAGGUUGUUUCUUAUCUAUUAUAUAAGCACACAGCAAGCACCUUCUGAGGCUGAUUUGGAGCAAUAUAAAAAAGCUUUAACUGAUGCAGGAUGCAACCUUAAUCCUUUACAAUAUAUCAAACAGUGGAAGGCUUUUACCAAGAUGGCCUCAGCUCCGGCCAGUUAUGGCAGCACUACCACUAAACCAAUGGGUCUUUUAUCACGAGUCAUGAAUACAGGAUCACAGUUUGUGAUGGAAGGAGUGAAGAACCUGGUUUUGAAACAGCAAAAUCUACCUGUUACUCGUAUUUUGGACAAUCUUAUGGAGAUGAAGUCAAACCCCGAAACUGAUGACUAUAGAUAUUUUGAUCCCAAAAUGCUGCGGGGCAAUGACAGCUCAGUUCCCAGAAAUAAAAAUCCAUUCCAAGAGGCCAUUGUUUUUGUGGUGGGAGGAGGCAACUACAUUGAAUAUCAGAAUCUUGUUGACUACAUAAAGGGGAAACAAGGCAAACACAUUUUAUAUGGCUGCAGUGAGCUUUUUAAUGCUACACAGUUCAUAAAACAGUUGUCACAACUUGGACAAAAGUAACACAGAAGAACCUUACUAUGAUAAUCUACUUGGAAUGUGGAUAAAUGUAAAAAGAAGAAAAGUUAGAAGAGCAAUAUGUUUCCUUCUCUGUAACAGUGUCCUAACAGUGAAAAUCAGAGUUAUUUGUUAAUUUUUAAGGAAAUUAUAUACUUAAUAUGUAUUGAUUAAAAGAAACAUUUCAGAAAUAAAA